AUGGCAAAUAUUUCACACGAAUCUCUUAUCUGUUCAGAUUUGAACAAAAGAGAACUCAAGAGAAUUCAAUCAUGUGGACCAUGCGAACCUACCGAAUUCGACAGCUCGAUCACUAUCGACAGCUACAGGGAACUCCCCCGUAACCUCGUUCAGGGCUCAAGGAUACGCUCUUCCAGCGUGCACUUAGUUUAUGAUGAACAAAAUGCCGAAAAGGAAGAACCAGUCACAACACUAAGUUAUAUAUACAAGAAAAUCGCUGCCUUUUUUUUCGUGUUUAACAGGUUUUCACUCUCAACAGAAAUACCCAGUUAUAUUCCGAGUGAAAUUCCCGUUGUUUCAAAUGAAGAAAGCAUAGCUCCAUUCGUUAGGUCAUUUAGCAUGCUUUAUGAUUUGAGGCUUAAGGACAAAAUAUAUGAUACAAUGGAUUAUUUAAUCAAGUAUAAUCGUAAGGCCACAGACAGGCUAGUAGCAAUGAUCACAAGCGUUCCACUACACCUAGAUAAAUUUGAUUUCUAUAAAUACUUCACUAAUUUCGACUACAGCUUAUCGGAGUGUUUUGCACUUUUUAUAGAGCAACCCGCAGACGUGGAUCCAUCUACGGUCGAUAAUUCAGACCUCGACAAGAUCCCCGAUAACAUAAAGUGCGAAAUCGUCAAUAAACAUUCUUUGGAAGUAAUUUCAGAAUCAGGACCAUAUAAAUGUCUUUACGAACAAAACGUAGACCAAAUUGCAGACAGCUCCUUGCUUGACGAAUUGCUUUGUGGCGUUUCAGUGAAAAAGGGUAAGGUUCGGUUCUUCCACAAAAUCAAAAAUCUGGGCAGAAAAGAUUCCAAAAAGAUUAAAAAUGGUUCAGAAGAACGUGUUAAUGACUACUUUAAACAGAGAUUUUCGACCUUUACCGAAUAUUUGUCCAAGCGCAGUCGGGACACUUCAGGAGAAAGUCAGAAUAAAUGGAAUGCUCGCACAUAUUUCAACGUUUUUUCUAGAAAACCCAGUUACCCCGACUCAGAGCCACUGGAUGAUAGUGCUCGUGAGCGUUUUGAGGAUCAUAUUCGUCACCAUACAUUGCAUUGGGACGAGGUUCAGUACGAUGAUAUUGAGAUCAUUUUGAGAGACGACAACGACAAUUCGAUUGUAAAACUUCCUUACAGUUGUAGGAUCAUGUAA